AUGAACUCGACCACUCUUCAUUCUUCCGCGAGUACGACGCUCCUGGAGAACUUGGGCAGCCAUUCCAUCGCGCUCUUUGGUGUCGCCGUUCUUUUGAUUGCUGUCCUUACCCAUAAGCCGCAGAAGGGCAAGAAACCUCCUGGUCCCCGUGGGCUGCCAAUUAUUGGCAACGUCUUGCAAUUAUCUGACGAAAACUGGCUCACCUUCACUGAGUGGAAAUUCAAGUAUGGUCCCAUAGUCGGGCUGAACCUUGGUGGAAAGAAUACCGUCGUCCUCAACACUCACAAAGUCGCGUCCGAUCUUCUAGACAAACGUGCCUCAAUUUAUUCGGACCGACCACGCUUUAUUGUCGCUCAGGAGAUGCUUUGCGGUGGCCUACUCCUCGUCUUCACUCGAUAUGGCGAUAUGUGGCGUCGAAUGCGCCGUGCUGCCCACGAAGGUCUCUAUUCGCAUGCUGCUGAGAACUACUACAUCCUUCAAGAGACCGAAGCCACCGUGCUCGUGGAUGGUGUCCUCAAGACACCCGACUCAUGGGACGACCAUCUCAAGCGCACCGCUGCUUCCCAAAUCAUGGCCAUGGUCUACGACACCCUUCCUAUCAAAAAUCACGAGGAGCCUCUCAUCACCCGCGUCAACGACCUUGUUCAACGCCUUGUCAAGGCAGCGUACCCCGGCGAGCACCUCGUUGAAUUUUUCCCUUUCCUCAACAAGCUGCCGGACUGGUUAGCACGAUGGAAGCCCUGGGCUGCAGACUGGCAUCGCAAGGACUCGGAACUAUUCAUGGAUUACUACAAGACUGUCCGUGAUCGUGUGCUCGCUGGGGAUGAACGUCCUAGUCUCGUCUCUUCCCUUGUCAAGCGCGGCGGCGAGAACCAAUUCACAGAGCGAGAGAAGGCCUGGGUGGCAGGAGUCAUGAUUUCCGCCGGAGCCGAGACGACCGCGGCUGUGAUGGCCUGGUUCUUCCUCGCCAUGACCCUCAAUCCCGAAGUUCAACGCAAGGCACAAGAGGAGAUCGACAACGUCGUCGGUCGCAAUCGCAUGCCCAGCUUCGACGACAUCGAGUCCCUGCCGUACAUCCGUGCCAUCGUUCGUGAGAUCUUGCGUUGGCGCCCUGUCGAUCCCAUCGGGCUCCAACACCAGUCCACGGAGGACGAUGUCUACGAAGGGUACUUCAUCCCCAAAGGAACUCUCGUCAUUUUCAACGUCUGGGCCAUGAACCGCGACCCCGAGCUCUACGGCGAAGACUUCGACGAUUUCCGCCCGGAGCGCUUCCUCGAUGAAGAAGGCCAACUCAAGCCCACCCACCCUGCAACCAAGGGCGAGGGCCACGUCACGUACGGGUUUGGCCGCCGCAUCUGCGUCGGCCGGUAUGUCGCGAACAACACCCUCUUCAUCGACAUCGCGCAUGUCCUUUGGGCGUGCAAGAUCGAGAAAGCGAAGAACUUUGACGGAACGGACAUCAAAUACGACAGUCAUGCCAACUUCAAGGAGGGUCUUGUCGUUCGCCCUGCGCCGUUCCGCAAUGUCAUCAAACCCCGCUUCCCCGAGGCGGCCAAGAUCGUCGCCGAGCAGAAAGAGCGUCUCAUUGCUGCUGCUAGCGUUCGGUAA